AUGACCGGUCAGAUAAAUGUCCAGAAGAUUUCCCCAUCCUCCCAAAGAUCACAGCUUCGUCUUGCUGCCAAAACACCAAGCGAAACAGAGUUGGAGUCUGCAGAGAACUGUGGAAGCAGAGCCCCAUCAGCUUGUGAUGACACUUCUUCAGAGUUACAAAGAGUUAUUUCUCAGGAAAAUGGAGAGGUUGUGUCCCGGGCAUCCUUCAGAGGAAGAGGUGCACUGUCCAGGAUUGUGCGAUUGGUGGUGGUUCUCAGAGAAUGGGCACAUAGGAGUCUUCAUGAUCAAGAACAGAGACCGGAUUCCUUCCUAGACAGAUUUCGAGGACCUGAGCUUCAAAAUGCAGACAACCAGGCUGGCAAAGAACAGAAGGAGACAGGGACCAAAGUGCAUGAAAAGAACAAACAGUUACGUGAUGUCUGUGAGCGGUUUGUGGUUGACCCAUCUAAGAAGUGGUACUAUCGCUGGCUUCUGGUUAUAACUCUACCUGUACUGUACAACUGGUUCCUUCUGGUGGUCAGGGCAUGCUUUAAUGACCUGCAAACCAGAUACACAGUUGUUUGGCUCACUUUGGAUUACAUCAGUGACUUUCUAUACGCCUGUGACAUUGUCAUCCGCUUGCGUACAGGUUUCUUGGAGCAGGGCCUUCUUGUAAGAGACCCCAAGAAACUCAGUAACAGCUAUGUUGCUACAUUGCAAUUCAAGUUGGAUAUUCUCUCAAUUCUUCCUAUUGACCUGGGAUAUUUUGCACUUGGCAUCCAUCGGCCUGAGCUGAGAUUUAACCGACUGCUUCACUUCCCACGUAUGUUUGAAUGUUUUGACCAGACUGAAACACGGACUAGUUACCCAAAUAUCUUCCGAAUCUUCAACCUAGUGCUGUAUAUCCUGCUUAUCAUCCACUGGAAUGCGUGCAUCUAUUAUGCUAUAUCCAAAGCAAUUGGCUUUGGGGAGGACUCAUGGGUUUAUCCCAAUGUGACAGAUCCUAACUAUGGCUACCUCACCAGAGAAUAUGUCUACUGUCUCUAUUGGUCUACACUAACCCUCACCACUAUUGGUGAGACUCCUCCACCUGUCACCGACACAGAGUUCCUCUUCGUCAUCUUUGAUUUUCUAGUGGGUGUCCUUAUCUUUGCCACUAUUGUGGGGAAUGUUGGCUCUAUGAUUUCCAAUAUGAAUGCUACAAGAGCUGAAUUCCAGGCCAAGAUAGAUGCCAUUAAGCACUAUAUGCAGUUUAGACGGGUCAGCAAAGAGCUGGAGGCCAAAGUCAUUCGCUGGUUUGACUACUUAUGGACCAACAAAAAGACAGUAGAUGAAAGGGAGGUGAUGAAAAACUUACCAGACAAACUGAGAGCAGAAAUAGCCAUCAAUGUCCAUCUCGACACACUCAGAAAGGUUCGCAUAUUUCAGAACUGCGAAGCUGGACUUUUAGUGGAGUUGGUCCUGAAGCUACGACCUCAGGUCUUUAGUCCUGGAGAUUACAUAUGCCGCAAAGGGGACAUUGGCAGGGAGAUGUACAUAAUCAAGGAAGGAAAGCUGGCUGUGGUGGGAGAGGAUGGGGUUACUCAGUAUGCCAUCCUUACUUCAGGAAGCUGCUUUGGUGAAAUAAGUAUCCUUAAUAUUGAGGGCAGUAAGAUGGGUAACCGCCGGACUGCAAGUAUUCGCAGCCUUGGCUACUCUGACCUCUUCUGUCUUUCCAAGGAUGAUUUGAUGGAAGCUCUUGUUGAGUACCCAGAUGCAAAGCAGAUUUUAGAGGAGAGGGGUAGGGAGAUUCUCAUAAAAGAAGGCCUCCUGGAUGAGGAUAAGGAGAGGGAUGCCAUGAAAGGCAAGUCUUCUGAAGAGAAGCUUGAACUCCUGGAGUCUAACUUGGAUCUAUUGCACACACGCUUUGCACGCCUGCUGCGAGAGUACAACAUUGCGCAACAAAAGCUUAAACAGAGAGUGACACUACUUGAAGGAAGACUAAAGGACCUUCUCGGAGGUGAGAUCUCCUCAGAUGGUUUGGACAGCGAAGAUGAAAGAAAAGGUGAUGAAAAAGGAUGA